GACCGAGAAUUUGUAGAGAUGGAAAUGACGUUUAAUGGACCAUCAGAAAAACCCUCAGAAUCCCCACCACUAUCGCCAGAACCUUCUCCAGAUUCCAAAAGGAAAAUAGGCUGUUGUGGCAAAAAGUUUUCACCAUCUCGAAAGUUGCUACAAAAGAAG